CUGCGACAGUAAACACCAUGGACGUUUCGAGUACAAAAGGGCUGAGAUGGCAGCCUCAUUCCGAAAGCUUAAACCAUCACAUCUCAUUCACUCUUUACUCACUCCACUACAAUCUUUUAAACUUACAACUUUUCUAAGUUAAUACCUUAAUCCUUCACCAUGAAGCUGAACUUCCUCCUCGCUGCUGCUCUGGCCACCUGCGCCAUGGCCGCUUCCACCACUGAGACCACCACCAAGACUGAGCAUCACUCUACCAAGACCGAGACCUCCAAGGCCAGCGCCACCUCUCACUCCACCUCCAAGUCCAAGGGCGCUGCUGCUCCUACCAUGGGUGCCGAUAUCCUCGGAAUGGCUGGCAUUGCUGGUAUUGCCGUUGCCAUGGCCAUCUAAACGUGCAUUCCCUUCUGUGCCCUUCGACGGUUCAUAGUCUCUUGUGGGGUUUGGAUCACUGUAUUUGCAUUCCUAUAUUAGCAUCAAUUGGAGCGAGCCUUACCUUGUCACUCUAUGAGUUGACCUUGGUACUUAAUUGACCUCUAUCACCAAUAUCUUGUCGAUCCCCGUGACGAACUCGUCUGCUGUGAUACGCACUUGUCUAUUUAGGCUCAUUAUCAUAACCAGGUGUCUACUGAGCCAACAUCUCAGAACUUGUAACACAGGAUUUUAUCUUAUAUCCAGAAGUAUUCUUCUCUAUAUGGUGCAUUAAUGGCAAUAAUUCAAAGAUCUAAACAUGGC